AGGUCUGGCUCUAAAUAAUAUUAUAGAGACAAAUAUAGAGAUGAAUGCUCUUAUUUAAUAAAACAUUUUAGACACCAUUUUUACAGAUUAAGGUACUUGAGAUUUAUCCAUGACUUUUUUAGUAAUGAUCAGUCUACUUUGCAAAGGGCUAACAAGUUGACGGCCCAGUAUACAUCACAUGGGCCUAUAAGUUAGACUCGGAUCCUUAACCCGACCCGACAGAAAGAGUCCAAGCCAACGAUCGCCGAGGCACCACGAAUCGAACAUCGUUUCGUCGCUAUGAAGACGAAAUAGUAUUUGCAUCUCGCAGAUUUCCACUGAAUCUCUUGUUUUCUCCGACGCUACUUUAGCUUCUCCGUUGACCGUGGUGGUGGUGGUGGUGGUGGAGAAGGCGAUGAUAACGAGAUCGAAACUAGCGGAACAGCUAAGAGAAUAUCAGAUUAAAUCAAAGCAUGAUUGGGCCUCCGUCUCUCUCUUCUCUUCCUCCUCCAAUUUCUCUUCUUCUUCUUCCAGGGUGGAUGUGGUAGUCUUUGUUAUUUGGGAACUGGUGAUCUUAGCGUUCCUGGUGUUUUCAGCUGUCUCAUUGUACUUGAAGCGGUUGGAACUCGCGUUCAUCUUGCUUUGUGUCUGCUUACUAUUGUUCGUUUGUAUGAAAAUCGCAAAGCAAGUGAGAAUAGCUAGGAAGAAGAAGCGGAGGAUGCUUCUUCCUCUCUCUAUGUAACCAUGAAUGAGCAA